ACUGAAGAAGUAGGCGCCAACAGCGUUAGGACCGCAACACUUCUCUGUGGCUGAGAUCUCAAUCUCUCUAAGGUUGAUGCUCUUCAUGACCUCAUAAAAUUCAAAGGUUUUACAAUGUACAUGUCGAAUGAAGAUAACUCAAAUGUUUAUUAGAACAGUGAAAAUAAUACUAACAAUAGUCCAGUUGUAUUACGCUUCAUCUGUUUCAAUGAAUUUUUGCCAGUAGAUUUGAAAAUCUGUAACAACUCAUUGUUUUAUCAAUUGAUGAAAUGUCUUCUUUUCAAAAAGCACUUGAAAAUCUUAAUGAAGGUACAAUAUGUAUUAGUGUAUGUGUUAGUGUAUGGCUGUUAUUAAUUGCGGCUAGGAUGGAUAAUGUCUUAAUAAUUCCUUAUUGGACAAUAUUUAUACCACUUUGGUUGUGGAAAACAAUUGUUUUUGUCGGCUGGUUAGUUGGUUUAAUAGUAUGGUGUAAACGUUGGAGAAUUCGUGUUGAUGAUUCAGAGCAUAGUACAUUUCUUGUUCGUGAUGACCCUGCUCUACCUUACAUUCAAGCAAUGUCUGUAUCAGCAUUUUUUCACUUUCUUAUCACAUGUUCUGAAGUGUUAUUAUGCAUUCAUUUAUCAAUUGAAUCAUCUAAUCUUACAUAUUUAACUAUUUUAUCACCAUUACUAGUUGUUGGUGCGUUGGGUGUGUUUGGAUUUCUUUUUGUUAUGAUCGACUCAAGAGCAACAUUCACAGCAAAUGCACGACGUCGAAGGCAACAUCAUUCACGAUCCUUAAAUAACAAUACCGGUAAUACUACUAUUACUACAACGACUACUACCAUUACUAGUACCAACACUAUCAACAAUAAUACUACUACCAACAAUAAUUCAGAUUCAUUUGUUUUCAUACCACGCUCACAUCAUGCAUGCUCGUUUACCUUAGAAUUAUGUAUCGCUGCUAAUCUAUUACAAUUAUUAUUUUUAAUUGCUAGACUUGACAAUUGGAUACGUUCAAAUUGGAUUGUCACUUUUAUCCCAUCAUUUAUAUUAUUAGCAAUGGGAUUUUUAUUUUGUUUUGCUGGUUUAACUAUUGCACUAAUCACAUACUUUACAGCCUUCUUUAUUCCUGUAGCUCAACGUAGAUUAUCUGUUUGUUAUUAUGCUUCACAUUUGCUAAUAGUUAUUUUCUUAUGUACUUCAUUAAUCCUUUUAGGCUUAAGAUUAGAUGGUUAUCUUUCUGCUUCAAAAAGCAGUGCACUAAUAAUUUGUAUACCUGUAUUGUUUAGUAUGUUCUUAUAUGCUUCGUUAUCAUCUGGUCCUGGUAAUCCAUGGUGGUUCGGUUUGAACCGUAAUGUACUUCUAGCGAUAUUUGAAUCUUGUCCAACUCUACAAUUGUGUGCCAAUAAUCAUAUUAGUAAAACUAGUCUGUGGAGAGUAUCUCGUUACCAUGGCGGUAAUGGUGAUAUGAAUAACACAUUGAACGCAGAUUCUUAUGAUGGGAAUUCUGUUGGAGUUGAAUUUGUUAGACCUACUAUAACUACCACCAAUCCACCUGUUACUGUUGCGCGUGAACUAACUAAUUCACAUAACUUAAAAUUUUGUCCAAAUUGUUCAGUUGGCUGUUGUAAUUGGUGUUCAUCAUCAUCACCAUCAUCAUCAACAACUAGUAAGAAAAAUAUCCACUGGUCAAAUGUCAAUAUCUCGUCAGAAAUUUCUCAUUUUUACAACUCUUUUCAUUAUACAGAUCAUUUACUUUAUCCAGAUUAAAACUGGUUCUACGCAGUUAUUAUGAUGAUCAUUGUCAUCAUCACUAUCAACAUACACUAUUUCUCCUAUUUGUAACUAGUAAUCACAAGGCUGUAUUUCAUGCACACUUGUCCAUAUAUAUAUAUAAUAAAUCACUUUCCUGUUCCCGAUUUUUUUCAUUUACUUGUAGAAUUUCCAUCUUAUCAUUAUCAUAGUCACUACAAACAACUUAUUCGGGAUAAUAUCAAAGCAUUUCCCCCUGGGUUUUCUUUUGUAGAAAUUAGUUGUUACUUCCUUUCGUUCAUAUUCUAUUUAUUGAUUUGUCAACUGAUUUCCUUCAUCGAACAUUCAUUUAUCUUCCUUCUUGUUUAUUUUCAAUUUUAAUUUAUGUCUUUGAAUUUGUUUUAAAGACUAAGGUGACGUUUCCAUUAUAUUCUACGUUUGGCUAUAUUACUGGAACCAUGUCUACCGCACUGGAAUUAAUUAUCUAUAAUUAUGGAUUAUGGUACCAAACGCAACGGAACACGCACCAACCUGCUGACCGAAGUAACGUCCCUUAAAUUUUAUUUGUGUUUAUAACUUAUAAUUUGUAUACUAUAAUAUUAGCAUUUAUACAUAAUAACUUUGUUGCUAUUUUUGAGUGAAUAUAAUUUUUUGUCCACCACACACCUCUACACAGUAUGGGUCGAAAGAAGUUUGCAAUUAGUAUGAGAAAUGAUGAUUAACAUUUGUGUUUUCAAACUAAAUUGAGAGAUUUAAUCAAGAACUGACGUUUGCUAAAAUGGCAAAAUGCCGUAUAGUUGUAAAAUGAAUAAGUUCCGCGACGAAGUAUUAGAUCAGCCGUCCUAAAUCUCAUUGAUCCCUUCACAAAUUAGUGUCGCCAAAUUUUUACUUUCUCCCUGGGACGUAGAAUAUUUUGAGGGGAUUUCUCGAGUUAGGGUAAAUUUACAGACAUAUUGGGACAAGGUAGACCUUUCAAAGUUUGCACGCAAAUCUUGUAUUCUGUGUGGAAAUAUAGCAUGUGGUAGUUCAACUAAUUACAACAGUAGUGGAAUAAGCUGAAAAUCCCUACACAGCAUUCUGUUGGGCAGUAUUUUCAUUUAAUUGUUUGUUCACCCUCUCUUGUAUUUUAAUCUUUAUUCAGGUCUCUUUUAACCGCGCUUUAUAAUAAUAAUAAUAUAUUCUGAAAAUAAUAUUUACAGAAUUCACACCAGUUUACAGGCAUGAUCAGAUUGUUAUAAAAAUCAACAUUUGAUGUAGAGAGCAAACAUGAAAUAUAAGAAAGUUUUAUGUUUGCUGGUUUAGUAAUUGAUAAAUAGUUUAAAUAUGGCAUAUGUCACGGCAAGCCA